AUGGGUGUGCAAGGGCUCAAGACCGUGUCUACGGCACGGAACGGCUUAGGCGCCUACAUCCUGCAAUGCACGCGGCUGCACCUGACGUACUCGGACCACUGGGCCUCGUCGACGGGGCUCAAGUCGCUGCUCGCGUCGCCGGCCUUCUCGUCGCUCACGCACCGGUACCCGAGCGUCGAGUUCCGGAUCUCGCCGCGCCCGAACCGCCACCCGGUCAUCAAGGCGCAGUACUGCAACGGGCGGUCCAAGGCCAUCUGCGUGAAGAACAUGGCCCGCGAACAGGUCCUGGAGAAGGCCGAGUUCCUGCUCGGCAACUCGGGCGACAAGAACGUCGUGGUCAAGGGCAAAAAGGUCGUCAGCUCCAACGAGGGCGUCAGGGGCAUGUGGAGUCCUAUGCACGGAGGGAUCAAAAAGAUUUGA